AUGGCUCUCAGCAGGUUGGUCGUGUCGCGUGGUCUGCUUAGGACCAGCUCCUCAGCAGCAGCAUUCGAUGGUUCGCAGUUUCGCGUUCUUAGCAUCCUUAGCAGCGGUGACGGUCGCAGAGAAAGUGUCCCCUCGAGUGCUCGAACGGUGAAGACAGUGCUGGAGGCCCCGCUACAGGCUCGCCGGAUCAGUGCCAGUUCCCGGGCGGGUGAGAAGCUUGCCACGGCCAAGGCGGUCCAGAAGCAUGACUGGAACCGUGCCGUUAGCGAGGCCGAACAGAUCGUUGGCUAUCCGACGUCGUUUCUGAAUCUGAGAUUUUUGCUGAGCGACGAAAUCGCUAAUGUGGCGCUGCAUUUGCGCAAACUGAUUGGCAGCAAUCAUCCGUUGCUGAAGUCGGCCAAAUCCCUUAUCUACAAUGACAAAAGUCAGCAGGCCUGGGGGCUGAUUAUUCUGCUGAUUUCCAAAGCAGCCGGUCACACGGAAUCGGUACCGGAGAUGGACCAUGACCGAAGCGUUGGAGUGCUGCAUUCCCAGCGAGCCCUGGCGGAAGUUACGGAAAUGAUCCGCAGUUCGCAGCUGAUUCAUCAUGGUAUCAUCAACCUUCAGUCGAUGGACAAUGCCGGUAAUGAUCUGAGCGGCGACAGCGAUAUGAUUUUCGGGAACAAAAUUGCUCUCCUUGGGGGUGAUUACCUGUUGGCUCAUGCGAGUAAACAGAUUGCAAGUUUGAGGAAUCAAGACUUGAACAUGUUGAUGACUUCAGCCUAUCGAGAUCUGGCCGAGUCGGCCUUCAUUGGAGAUAGUGAUGAUCAGAAUAGUCCUCUUCCUUCAAAACCGGAUAAACCGCCCGGAACAAUCACUCCCGAAUGUACUUUGGAAGAGUUAGACUUCGGAGACGUGCAAAACAACCUCGAACCGAUGAUAAUCGACGGAAUUAUGGGCCAUCCGGAGAAGGAGUGGUCGCUUAGACAUGUUUUGGGCGGUGGUAGUCUACUGGGAAAAAGUUGCCACGGUGCCCUAAUGUUGGCCGGACAUCCCGAAGAAUUGCAAAAGCAGGGUUAUUUAUUCGGUAAACAUAUGUCAUUGGCAUGGAAUGCGUCUAUUGAGCUUCAACCUUUCCUAAUGAGUGAACUUCCAUUAGGCGCACAAUUCAGUCUGGUUUCUGCCCCGGUACUGUUCCACUUGGAGUACGAUCCAAGCAUUUAUAAAAUCAUCGAAAAGGGGCGCAACUCGGUGGACGAUGUCGACUACAGUGCUUUGCACAAGGAAAUUUGCCGGGGUCCUGGGCUCGAGCGAACCAGAAAUCUGCAGGAGAAACAUAGCCAGGCCGCUAUGAAUGUGCUGCGCCGGUUUCCUUCGACGGAUGCCCAAAAGGCACUGCAGAACAUCAUUCUGGCAAUGCAGCAAUUGUGA